UGUUAUUGUUUUUGGUGCUGCUAGCGUUAGCAUAUAAAAUCCCCGAAGUUGACGUUAGCUAGCUCAAGUAAUGCUUUACACCAGUUUGUAAGUUUUAUAGCAAUUCCAGGGCAUUUUGCAAAUUUAGCGUAGCAGGUUCAGACUAACAGAAUGUCUUUUACGAUGCUAUUCGUUCCUUAUUGAUGUUCUCCGUGCAUCUGAGUAGUUAGCUUGUUUAGUCUCCUCUUAACGUCAGCUUUAAUAGUUAGAAAUAACAUUAGCAUCAGUAACCAAAGCCCUACCCGGCUUCCUUGCAGUAAGGGUGUUUUAUAUUUGAGGACUAGAGCCUCUACUCUAGGGGAAAUGCCAGCCCUCCGUCUGAACUGUUCUCAGCGAGUCCAGGAUGUGGAGACUAGAUUGAGAGACGGGGGCUUGAGACUAUAAAAAGGAGACAAAGGAGAUGAUUUCACGAUACAACAGAAGACCCGUAUCGCACAAACUUGAGAUUCGUGGGUUAUCUCGAAGCAGCCUCGACCACCACCCUCUCCCAGAGGAGGCAGAUGAUAACCAAACCCCUCCACGUUACCUUCAUGACCUCCAGGAAGCUGUCUCUGCACACAACAGCUCGGACACAUCUGCUGCUUCGGGUCACUCCGACUGUCCCACUGUCAUCUCAGUAGACUCCAGCCAGUCCUGGUCUGGCAUCCACAGCUCAACGGGCACUGGCAUUUCUACAGAGAGGAGCUCAGUGUUCUCCUGGGGCUAUGAUGAGUUUGACAAAGCAGCUUCACGGCAGGUGCAGCAAAUGUUUGAGGAGAUCGACAAAGAGCUGUACGAGGGGAGAGGCAGCGGAGGAGGGAUACUCCAGGGGCUGCAGGAUGAAUGUCAGCAGUGGGCCACACGUUUCCCUCAUCUUCGGAUUCUGGGGACUCAGCUGGUGUGUCCCAGUGAUGAGGGCUUCCAGUGGUAUGCUUCUUCAGGGGUAAGCAGCUCUGCCAGCAGCCCAUCAGCAGGCAAAGAGCACAGUGGAAAGUCCCUGGAGAAAGAUAAGGCCAGCACAGAGUUGAAUGUGCAAGGCAGGAGAGCUGCACUCACUAAGUCCUCCUCGGCUGAGUAUGAUGAGCCUCCUGAAGCCUCCAGCAGCCACGAAAAGCCAAGAGUGAUUGAAAUAGAGGGUCAGAUGGAGGAGUACCUUGCUUUUGAUAGCAGGGAUUUGGAGGACGAGGGGGAGCAGAAUGGUUCUGGGUCUGGUCAGAGACAUCACUGCCUGCCCCCUGUUUCACCAUACCGGUGCCGCCGUCAAGCCAUACUCGACUUGCUGUUUGAUGAUGUGUGGCGGCAUCUGGUUGGCUGGAUGAAAGAGCUGGUUCAACGGCACUGGGAAAGCUGCACCUCAAAUGAUGAAAAGGUUUCCGGGAACUUGAGCCCAGUGCAGCAGGACUCCCAGAAUCCCUUCAUGUUGCUCUCCAUGCUGCCCACAAUGCUGCCUAAACAAGGCCAGAGCAGGGUGCCCCCCCUCACAGCUGGCCUGCAGUUCCAGAACACAAAGUCAAGGGGCUCAAAGCACAAGUCCAGACGGAAAUCCAAAAAGCAGAAAAGACCUUCCAGUGCUGGACGGGUCCCAGUAGGAGCAACAGCGACCCAGCACAACCUGAAUGACCUCAUCAUGAUCCACAGCAUCCCCCUGCAACAGAGGAACCUGGGAGUUUUAGACAGAAACCAGGAGCCAGAGGAUCGGCUAUCCCAUAGACCUGGCUCCAGCGUUGGCCCCUCUAACAAACCCCGCCCUCGCAGAACCCUGGAGCAGAGCACUUCUUCACUGUCCCGCCUGGCGCUGUCUGCCCAACGCAGGAACCCUCAUCCACGAAACCUACAGCCGCUCGUUUCCAGCCCGAGUCAGUCUAUCGCAGCAGGAUCCAUGGAUGAGGUCGUCCGUGGGACACGCCUAACCACAGCCAGCAACCACCUGACAUCCCCGCUGUCUCCACUAAGGAGAAACACACUCCUACCCCCCAUUAGCGCUGGAGACCCCGAGUCGUCUCAGUCACUGCAGCGAACCAAACCUGUACAGCGCCAAAAAGGCACAUCCAGUCGCGCCCACAGUGCUAUAAACGAUAAAGCUGGCAGUUCAAUACCAAGGGACCGUCACCACCUGCUGGACGCCUUCUCUCGCCCCAACACCACGCACACCUACAGAUCGGACACUCCUUACCAUCGCUCCUUCACAGUACUGGACAACAUCGGGCAGGGACGGCCAGGCAGAGCAUCUGUGGGCACAGAUGCUCUUGGAAUUGGUGUGACUGGCAUCAGUCUUGGCAUCAGCAGCUCAUCUUUCUUGGACUCAUUUUCCCAUCAUCCUUUGGGGCAUUUGCCCAUCAAAGAUGAAGAGGAGCCAGACCCACAAGCCCCUGUCCCAGCUCCACUGGUGCCUGUGUCUGCUGUCCCCCCUCGCUCUUACUCCCGGGGAGGAAUCUCAUCAAGGGCAAAAAGACCGGGUUUGUAGUUCGUCUCCAAUCUCCUGACUCGCCAGCCAGUCACCACUAAACAGCACCACAAAGUAAUACGCUCUGCAAAAUCUGUGCCCACUGAACUUUUUAUUUUGUUUUACAAGAGUAGCAGAUUUUUCACAUCAUGCUGCUUUGGUGCGGUUUUUGUUAGGAGUGUUUUUGUAUUUCAGAAAUCAGCUAAUCUGGCUGCCAAAUAACUGUCAUGUAACUCACUCCACUAUCAUGUACAGUAUGAACUUUAGGGUGGAUGUUGGUAUCAUGUAUGUAUGAUUUGAAUGUGUAUUUAUCUAUUUAUAUAUGAAUGUACUGUAUAUUAUCCUCUGUGGUGUGUGGUACCCAUAAAAUGCCUAUGCAGAGAAUAACACAUCCACCCAGACAGGGAUACAAAUGAUAACAAGCACUUUUUCCUCUCUUUGAUAUUACAUCAAAGGGUUCGGUACUGUAUCUUUUAUAGGGACACACAUAUUCAUAAAAGCUGUGCAAAUACAAA